AUACCCUCUGACAACAGACAGAUAGUGGGGGGCAACAGAGAACAGAUAGGGUCUGUGUCAUAGAGCACUGCUGGGGGAGAUAUAUAUUGAGCUGGUGGUCAGAGAGGAGCUAACUAGAACCCAGGCAGCAGCGGACAUUUUGAGAUUUCACCUCAGUCGUCACAAACAUGUCUCAGACAGCAAAGAGAUAGUUACAGAAGUCAACUCGUGAUGUGGGCAACAAACCAUGUUUGGCCUGUCUUGGUUUCUCCUCAGCCAGGUGAAGUGAGGAAGAAAAAGCGCCCAGUGAUGAAGGAAGAGGACCUCAAAGGGGCCCGCAGCAAGCUGGGACUUAAAGGGGAGGUGAAGAGCAAGACCUAUGAGGUCAUGGUCGAAUGCGAGCGCAUGGGUAAGGUGGCUCCUUCGGUGUUCGGCGGGAUAGGCUCUGGAGCAGAGACCGCCAUUGAGAAGCCCAAGCCCCCAGCAACCAGUGUCUUUGGCAAAUAGAUCCUGCUGCUGGCACGCCACCCAAGGAAAGCAAAGAUAGAGGCGCGGAACCUAAAUCUAUCUGUGUGCAAAUCAUUAUUGUAUGUGAAUGAAAAUGAGUACUCCAUUCUAGCACAAUACAGCCAUUUAACAAUUUAAUCAGACACUAAAAUUGUGACUAAUGGCAGUUUCAUGUCUUAGCAUAUUUAUGCUGAAAUGUAGUGCUUUUUGAUAAACAUGUUUUUUUUUAUAUUGACAUUUACUAAAUUGUAACAUAUUACAACAAUUUCGAUGUUUUUUAAGUGUUCACAUUAUGGUCUUACUUCAAUAUUUUUUCUACAUUAAAGUGAAUGCAUAACUUA